AUGAAGAUGGCCGAGGUCACUGACAAGCAUGUCCACUGUGCCAUGCUAGGCGAUGGUAUGGUUGGCAAGACAUGUCUGACGUUGUCCUACACCGAGAAAUCUUUCACCGAUGACUACACAGCAACAGUAUUCGAUAAUUAUCCUGUGCCCCUACAGGUCGGUGGCCAGGAUUUUAUCAUCAGUCUUUUUGAUACAGCUGGCCAGAGUGACUUUGAAGACCUACGAGCGUACACAUACAAAGAAAGCGAAGUUCUGGUUCUGUGUUUCUCAGUAAAAGAUCGAAGUUCAUUCUCCAGCGUCUGUAACUCUUGGAUCCCGGAGAUAAAAAGACAUACAAAGCGCAGACGACCCGUCAUACUUGUAGGCACGCAGAUUGAUCUUCGCAACGGCAACGAAGGAGAAGUCUCCACAGAAGAAGGCGAGGCAAUGGCCAAAGCUAUUGGAGCCGACUGCUACAUAGAGUGCUCCGCUAAAAGAAAAGACGGUCUGAAAGAAGUUUUCGAGCAUGUUGUAUUCUCCGCUCUUAAAUUCAGAAAGAAAAAAGUCAACAUCAUCGGUCGGUUCUUCUCUCGUUGA